UCAUCAGGUGUGUUUGCUGAUACAGAUGCAGUGAAGUCAGUGUCCGUGCUGGAGGGAGAUUCAGUCACUCUAAACUCUAAUGUUACUGAAUUAAUGGAUGAUGAUCUGAUUCUGUGGAGGUUUGGAUCUGAAAACACUUUAAUAGCUGAAAUCAAUGUAAUGGAUGGCAGCAUCACUGUAUAUGAUGAUGUUCUUGAUGAGAGAUUCAGAGACAGACUGAAGGUGGAUCAUCAAACUGGAUCUCUGAUCAUCACAAACACCAGAACUCAACACACUGGACUCUAUCUACUACAGAGCAACAGUGUGAGCAAGAGCUUCACUCUCACUGUCUAUGCUUCUUUGCCCACUCCUAACAUCAUCAGAGACUGUUCUUCAUCAUCAUCAUCAGCAUCAUCACAGCAGAAUUGUUCACUGGUGUGUUCAGUGGUGAAUGUGAGUCAUGUGACUCUCUCCUGGUACAAAGGAAACAGUUUAUUGUCCAGCAUCAGUGUGUCUGAUCUCAGCAUCAGUCUCUCUCUACCUCUGGAGGUGGAAUAUCAGGAGAAAAACAGCUACAGCUGUGUGCUCAACAAUCCCAUCAGCAACCAGACCACACAUCUGGACAUCAGUCAACUCUGCCAGCCAUGUGCAGGUCACACUAAUGACUGUCUCUCUGUUUUCUCAGUGUCUAAAAUAGUGCCGAUCUCUGCCGCUGCUGCUGGAUGUCUGCUGAUUUUGACUGCAAUCCUGAUAUUUUGUAUUUGCAGGAAAUGUAGAAAAACUGAUCAAGAAGUUGAGACUCAUGAAGACGAGAUCACUUACAUUGAGCCGAUGUUCUACAAAAGAAAAGCACAGAAACCG